AUGUCGAUGUCAUCAGUCACCACUCUCAUUUCACCUACGUCUACCAAAGCAGCUACACCAUCGACCUCUGGACCUGGUCUAGCUCAUCGUAGGCCGUCUGUACAUUCUUCACAUGGAAUCAAACGAAGACCGUCGCAACAUACCGCUCAUCAUGGACAUCACGCACAUUCACACUCAAGUACAAGUAGCGGGAGUAAGAAAUCGAACGAAGGCGAACACGGAAGGAGAGCUGUAGCUGCUGGAUUAGCAAUGCAUGCUUUAGAUACAGCAGAUGCAGCUAUAAGGAAGAAAAAGGAAAAGAGACCAAUACAUAAAGCUUCUCGAUCCGACACACACCUCCCUCGUUUAUCACGUACGGCUUCCAUGACAUCAAAUACAUCACAUGAAUCUGCUGUUUCUCACACUCAAGGAGUGACAAGACCUCGAAGAGGAUCACAUAAGAAAUCAGAAGAAUCAAUAACAGUCAUGAAUGAGAAAGGGGAAAUCACAGCUGAGGGAGAUGGGAAAGAACUUCAAGUCGAAGAAGAAGAAGGAUGGGAAAGUGGGAAUGAUGGACAAUUAGAGAUCUCACCCGUGAGAUCUAAAAAGGGAAAAGAAAGAACUACUAAUACUAAGAGUUCAAUUAUAAGAAGAACACAAAGUGAUACUUCUGCUGAACCGAAUCAACUUGAUUCAACAAAGAAAUCACAAUCACAAUCACAACAUAAUCAAGGUAUUUUAGAUUCAGGUGAUUUAGUUGAAACGCCUUCGGAAGUUGCACAUUUACCCGCUUUAACACAAAAAACGACUGGUUUCGCAGGAACAAUUCAACCUCCCGAUCCUCAAUUAGCUGCUCAACUUCCAACUCACGAUCCCCAUCCAAUAGUGACUCCACAUCCGAUUAGAAGAAACGCUUCCGCAAAAUCCUUAGUCGGUCCGAUAGUCAUGGAACCUGCUAAUUCGGGAGACUCUUCACUCACCGAUCCAGCAACAGCGAGCAAAAGACAACCAUCGUCAGAGAGAGGAGGUUCAAGAGAAAGGAAAGAUAGACCAGUCGGAUCAAGUAGAUUGAGAUCGACUGAUGGCAGUGGAUUACCUAAAAAUGAUCAACCUGAAACUAAAACAUCAACUUCUCCUUCAUAUCCCUUCCCUAGAUUAGUUCCUGAAGAUGCAGAGGAUGCCGGGUCCUCUCGUGUGGGAGAUCAAAAGCAGCAGUCACAGAGACAGCAAUCGCAUGCGCCACAACCAAGACACCAUUCCGAAGAGGAGAAACCACAAAGUCAGCAACGUCAGAGACCCCAACCUCAAAGUCGAUCACGUCAAACCUCAUCGCAACAUCCUCAACUUCGACAUCGAUAUUCCAAUUCAUCUUUGAGAUCGAUUCAGUCUUUACGAGCACCUCCACAUCCUUUGAACUCACCUACAGCGUAUCGAUCACAGGCAACCGUAGCAACAUCACGUCCUGGAAGUAUGUUUGGCUCACCUACAAAAGAUGACAAGAGACAAGUCGUACCUUCCAUGCAUCAGCCACCUGUACCGAAACCUCAAAUCAGCUACGAGAUUGCUCAAGGUCAAGGAUUUGAUGGAUCGAUCCCUGAAGAAGAUCAACCUCGCUCCAGUCGUUUGACGAGUACGAAAUCCCACACCAACAGAAAAGAUAGUAUUUCAUCGAAUAAAUCAUUGGCAAACAUAUUCGCACCUUUAGCCACACCUACCAUGUCUUCUCCAACCAGAUCCAUCUCAGGUCCAGGUCAAAGUGGACGCAGGAAAACGGCUUUGGAAGCAGCGUCAGACGCUUCCAAAAUGUCGUCUACCAAUGAUCCAACAUUGUAUCAUUCAUCUCUAGGUCAUGCGAAUAUACCCGAAACAGUUUAUCUCGUAUCAAGAUUUUUACCACAAAAGAAAAUAGUCAGACCAAAAUGGGAAAUGGAUAUGAGGGAUCCAACGGUUCAUGAAGAAUUGGAAGCUGGCGGAAUGAAAGUUGGUUUAACAAAUGGUGAUUACAGAGAAGCUCAUGAGUCUCUGAUUAAAACUUUAAAACAUUUGAAUAUCAAUAUCAAUAAUCAAGACAAUAAUAAUCAACCGAAACGAGGUGGUUCAUCAACAGGCUUCUCAAGAUCUUAUUCAGGUUAUGCAAAUUUAUUAACUAAUUCAACGACAGCUUCUUCAACAACACCUGGAGGUGGAUCAGAUGAAAAUUUAGUAGUGGGCACAAUCAACCUUAAAGGAAAAGAUGGUUUGGCGAUUAAGAAAGGUACUUUUGCCGGUAAAACUCCGUUCGAAUUGAGCGUUCAAAGAUGUUUAGCUCAAAGACCAACUGCUCCUUUUGGACUAUAA